AUGCGACGGAUACCGAAAUGUUUAAGGUCUAUCACACUGGUGAAAGUUGGCGGUGAUUUGACAAAGUCCAAAAUCAGAGGAGCGGUUGCACCAGAUGAGAUUCUGGCUGGGUCCAGUUUUAUCGAUGCCGAUCCAACUGAAGGCUUUUCGGUGAGGAACUUCCAUAUUCAGGCGGCAAAGCUUGCUGCAAUUUCAGAUAUCAUCGUAUAUGGAGAUGAUGAUGUGAGUGAAGAAAGCAUAUUGUCAGUGGCGGUCGAUAUUUCUACCGCUCAGGAAGAAUGGAUGCGGAGAUAUGAUCCUGGCCAAGAGUCGAGGCUGUUUAACACGUUUGUGGUGUCAACCUCUUUCCAAGAAAUUGAAGAGCAACACCCGAAUAUAGUAGCUAUUAACCAAAAUGGGGCCAUAUCAGGCCAAGUCAUGGAUUUUUUCCUUUGGGAGCGACUGGAGAUGUACAGCAUGUCCCAGGCGUCGGAAAUUUCAAAUAACGUUUGGCAAGGCCCGACCCCAGACUUGAGCUAUGAUAUGGGAGGGCUACCGGCUGCUGAUUAUGAUAUUCUCAUCGAAACACACGAUGGAGCCAGUAUACCCGACUCAAGAUACCUGACAAAGAUAUCAUCCCAACUCCACAAGGGCCCUCAUCACAUCGAAUUCCCGUCAUCUGGCAGCAUUAUGGCAUCCGCGUGGAGUCAACUCGAAGUCUACGAUUUUAUCGCUACCUGCCGAUGGAUAUAUCAACUCGCCAACCCUAUCUCGCAAGAUGAGCCGUCUGAGGGUGAGGAUGGUGAUAUCCCCAUGCGAACCGUUCCAGCCAAACCACGCAAAGUUUUUAUACACUGCGGGGACGGAUACACAGAAAGCUCGCUCCUUGCCCUGGCAUAUUUCAUGUAUGCAGAAGGUGCGCCAGUUCACGAGGCAUGGCUAAGGCUACACUGUGAGAAAAAACGGAACUUCUUUGCCUAUCCGUCGGACGUUACCUUCCUGCUUGGCAUACAGCAGAAGUUGCUCUGCGAGAGCCCAAAUCCAAAAGGCCGACAAUUGACAUAUCGACCCAGCCCAAACUGGAUGACAAAGAUGGAUGGCUCACUACCUAGCCGAAUCUUGCCUUAUAUGUAUCUUGGAAAUUUGGCCCAUGCCACCAACCCGGAGUUGCUUUGGUCUCUGGGCAUUAGAAGGGUGCUAAGCGUUGGGGAGCCUGUAUCCUGGAUGGCUGAGGAAGUUGAGAAGUGGGGUGCCGAAAACCUAUUGCUUAUCAACGAGGUACAGGACAAUGGUAUAGAUCCUUUAACUCAGGAGCUUGAGAGGUGUUUGGAAUUUAUCGAAAAUGGCAAACUGCAAGGAACAGCAACGUUGGUACACUGCCGUGUCGGUGUUUCUAGGUCUGCAACUAUUUGUAUUGCCGAGGUUAUGAAGUCUAUGAAUCUUUCUUUCCCAAGAGCAUACCUUGCUUUUGUAGUUGUUUCGUUCGAGCGAGAAGAUUAA